AUGUACCAUUUCACAUAUAAGGAGAGAAUUCCUAAUAUUUCAACAAAUGGAAAUCGAGUGAUAGAGAAUACAUCAUUUGUACAGCGAUUUGCAUGGAACUGGACAUGGGGAGAAGUUGGCAGUAUGGGCGUAACAAAUGUGUCGUAUUCUGUGGUUGAUAUGUUGUCCAAUGCAUCAAAUGUUUACAUUGGAGAUAUAAUUCACUUGGAUAUAUAUGCUAAAGAUAGUCAUGGUAGACAGCGCGUACUCGGUGGUGAUUACUGGAGGGCAAUGAUGGUAAAUCGUAAGAUGGAAGCAGCUACAUUGGGUAAAAUCGUGGACCACGAUAAUGGUUCUUACAGCAUUCGAUUUUAUGCAGCUUGGUCUGGUCGUGCAGACAUAGAAAUAUCUCUCAUACACACACGGGAAGCUGUACGAUUUUUGCGAAAGGAAUAUCAAGGAAUAGGGGUCGUGCAUUGGAAGGCAGUUUACGCAAAUGACAGUCUGAACGAGACAGUUACGUGUAUUCUAAAGCGUGAGGGAAGUUGGGACAAAAUGUGUGAGAUCAGGAGAAAAGAAUUCGGAAGAACUAUUUUGUUGUGUGAUGUACCAAAACAGUUGACGUGUAGUGAUAUGCAGUAUUUCCACUCGGGACCAAAUGUCUAUGAUGAGUAUAUAUUUAAUGAUUAUCAAAAAGAGUUAUUUGCAAAGUCAGAAGCCAGUAUUCAAAAUAUAACGUUGAAUAUCAAAGAUUCAACACAGCGAAAUGGUAAUGUGGAGACAGCUUUCUACAUUGACGACAAAUUGCAGCAUCGGAAACAUUUGCUGUCCGAUGGUGUUUGGUUCAAUGGAUCUUGGUAUAGUUACUGGCAGGAAAAUAGAAAUUUUGAUCGAUUUUCUUCUUUGAAGUGUCUGUCUAAUUUCACAAAUGUGUAUCUACUAGGCGAUUCCACAACCAGACAAUGGUUCCUGAGUUUGAAUCAGUUUCUAGGUAUUAAGUACGAUGAUAUAACAUGGGACCCGCAUUUUAAACCCAAUUCAUGUAACGAUAAAAUACAAACCCGUGGUCUGAGCAAGCAUGGUCAUUUAACUUUGCAGUUCUUCUUUCAUCCAUUUCCUUUGGGGCAAUUGUGCUUUGUGCCGCAAAGCUAUAUGGUUGAAGAUGACGUCAUCCGCAUAGCGACAUGCAGAAGUGUUAUAGUUUUUGGUUUGUGGGCGCAUUAUCUAAUGUGGACAGAAGACUCAUUUGAAGAAAGACUCCAGUAUGUAAAAGCUUCUCUGUGGCAUUUUUAUCAAAGAUGCCCGGAGUCUAGGAUAAUUGUCCGUGGUUCACAUGUCUUGAGCGAUGGUCAAUGGCGAAAGAAUAUGGCGAAUAGCGACGUGCUUCUAUUGGACCUUAAUCGAAUAAUCAAAAAAGUGUUUAAUGUAGAAUGGGUACACUUUCUGGACACGUGGGAUUUAAAUCGGGCGUAUUUGCAUACGCACGAAGUGCACAUGCCUAACAGUGUUGUUGCAGAGGAAAUUAAGUUAUUACUUUCGUAUAUAUGUGUUACUAAUUAA